AUCCUCCCCUAGCUUUCCAUCCCUUCCUUUUCUUCUCCCGCCUUUCUCCAGCUAGUAAUAUAUCCUUGGCGGAAGAGGGUCCAGAUUAAGAACCUGUUUUGCUUGCCGGUUUUUCUAUUUCUUUUCCUCUCCUCCAACUCCCGCCUUCCCGCUCGGGGAUUCAGUCUCUCAAUUUUAAGAUCGCGUAUCCUUCCGCAUUGACUACUGAUGGAAGCGCUACUGGCACAUUCAUUUGAUUACCUCUCCUCCUACGAGCCAACCAAAGUCCGCAAAGGGUUGCGCCAGGUUGAGGGUCUCCUCGCACAAAUAUGCUUGUCUAGGACGAAACGGCCGGUGUCUGACAAACGGAAGUCGCCGCUAUUAUUCGACAGUCCACAGCCAAGUUGCAAGGCCCUCUCCGACCUUAAAGAUGACCCGGCAUUCAGAGAAUUCUUCAAGCUGCAAGAUGGAUUUCAAUGGAAUGUCGCAAUGCGUUUGGUGACCUGUCUGGAGCAUCUCCUUGGCCGCGGGAGCAGUGGAACCAACGAUCUUCUUAUUCUCUCUACUCUCGAUUUAAUACAGGGCGUGCUUCUGCUCCACCCGCCAUCGCGGAUUUUGUUCGCCCGGGAAAUCUAUAUGAACCUGCUUCUCGACCUACUUGAUCCGAUCAAUUGCCCGGCAAUUCAGUCGGCGACUCUCCUGACCCUAGUUACCGCUCUUUUAGAUCAUCCCGCCAAUACCCGCACGUUCGAGGAACUUGACGGGCUGCUCACGGUGACCUCUUUGUUCAAGCAGCGCUCGACCUCUCGCGAGGUCAAACUCAAAUUGGUUGAGUUUUUGUACUUUUAUCUGAUGCCGGAGACUCCGAUGGUUCCGGCAAGUGCACCCAACACGGCCCAUCAACGCAGCCCGAGCAAGCUGGGGCCCGUGCAGGUAUCAAGAAGCGUCAAUGUUUCCGGCGCUCAUAGCAGUGGUAAAGGGAACCGGGAUACACGCACAACAGACGAGAAGCAGUCCCUGCUGGGAAGGUAUCUGAAUAACGUGGAGGACCUCGUCGAAGAUCUCAAAGAAACCGCGCCUUUCGGAGCUACGGUUUAUUAGCACGAGUUAUGAAUGAGUAUGGAUGCGUUCUGGUGCUUACGAUUUUAUUGAGCGAUCGAGUGUGUACGCCUUACGGGAUAAUGGCCUGGGUUUGACCUACAUAAUGUUUCUCUUCUUCCGCAUCGCUUUCUCUCUGUCCGCUGGUACGGCAUAUGGAUCACCAUCUCUACCUCUGUUUUCUUCUUUCCUUUC